UGGAACAUCCUUGACUACCACCUCUAUCUCCUCAGCAACGAGCGUGACCGAGACGAGCACGUCCGUAAGAACAGUAUGUACAUUUUCGAUGGGACCGAGUGUACCAUACGUUCCUAUGAAGAACUCUUCGAUCACGAGGUGCUGGCUCCUUUCAAUGUCGGCGAUGAUCCUCAGCUGGUAUUCAACAUUCUGCCCAUCAUUAACCGGGACGCCUCGGAAUGCCAUGCAGGCUAUAUCCUGGGGUACAGUCAUGUGAACAAGAUGUUGUAUGCUCGUUAUUUCGAGUGGAUUCCCCACAUCGAGGACCUCGACUUUGUGUGGCAGGAUGGGUGCAACAUGUACGAGGUGACAAUCUAUGAAUUGCUUGGCCUUCUUCAUGAUUGCUUCGUUCAGAAAUCUUUCUUCCCAGGCGAAGGCAUCUUGAGCGCUGGUUACCAGCAUGGUCACCACCGCCCAUCUCGAAGGUUUGACGACCCCGGAAUGGAACUCGUCAUGACCAUCCUCUUUUGCCAAUGGAUCCGGGAUGCUGCCGACCCGCUGUUUGGUCCUGCUUACUUACGAAUCGGUAACCUCAAGGAGCAAGCCGCCUACUACGAGCAGCAAUGUCGCUUGAUGCUGCAGCGCGCUUCGGCUAGAGCGUGGUUCUAUAUCCGCGACGGAUGGGUUCCAGAUGAUCUGGCACGCAACUUGGAACUCAAUGCGUGGACCAACGACCUGUACACCUAUUGUGAUUCCAUGUACGCAGAGAAUGGAAUCGACUGGCCCGCCCCUAGCUUGAGGAAAUCAUCCGAGCUUCGAGAACAGUAUGUCGAGACUCACAGAGCCGAGAACUCCGCCGAUGUACGUUUCAACAAAUUGUUUAACGCCGCAGCGGGUGACAACAACCCUAAACCCGAGAAUGAGGCGCUUGAGGAGCUUACAGCCAUGAUCGGACGGGAGCAGGCGCACCACCUGCUGGACUGCGCCGCUAGCCAGUGCCUGGACAAUCUCGUGUCGAACGAAGCCGAGGAUGAUAAUUAUCACAACGUCUCGAUAGAGUGGCUUGCCCGUCGUCUCGCAUAUCUCACAUUGGACUACCCUGAACUGGAUAGCCCCACAAACCGCAGCCACUUUUGCGAGCUUUUGAUGAGAAUGGGAGUG